AUGCCAGAGGUGGCGUCGACGUCGGUAGGACUACCUAUUGUUUACCGAAUUUCGGUUUCUGGGAUCUGAAGGGGAGGCUACAGAUUCAAGCUCAACCAUACCGGGUUGUACCUCUCCAACUUACACGGGUAAGUUUCAAUGCACUGCAUGCGACCUGCGUAGGUCAUAACCGUCUUUUUAAUACACCUGAUGUGUUUGUCUUGUUUCUGGACAUUUGUAUGGGCUGUGGGAGUGGUCGUUGCGCUGUCACGCGCCAGUACUAGUACGCCCCGGAGGAAACGACGACGACCGUAUGUCCGCCAAGGGGAAAAAGAAGAAGCGACAGUACUGGAUGAUCUGUUAGUCACUUGUCGAGUUUUGGAGGAGGGAGCCCAAGCGCAUUCGUUGGUCGAGUUUUUAGUGCUCUGUUUGAGGACGAGAUCACGAAUCACUUAACGUUUUAUGGACGACAACAGGGCAAGUGCGCAUUCUUUGGCUCCACUGCCAACGCAGUAGUCCUGGGUAUGACAGGCAUUAUUUUCCGCAAUUCACACAUGCCUAGACAGAUGUCUUUACCAGAUGGCAUAGCGACCACAAUUCGGAUCGCCAACAACUGGAGAAAAUGUUUCGAAUCGCAUUCCGAAGGGCCUAUGACCGCCUGCAAAAACGGACCAAUAAAUGAUCGACGUCACGUCAAGUGGACUGUUAGUUACCCCUUCAUACUCCGACCUAUUGCAAUUCAUAUUUGUAUCACACAACUUAAGUUGAAUGCACUUUCUUUUAGAAGUUACGGACGAUGUCGACAAUACUCCCCGUCCUGGACCGUCUGGCUCCUCAUCACAGCGGUAGAAGGGCAUGUGUGGACAUAUUAAUUAAGACGAUUUUGCGUUCCUCCAUAAUAAUUAUUUUGUGCCAGAUUUUCCACAAUCUUUUCUAUAUACCUGUACAUUUCCACAUAAUUGCGCGACUAACUGACCUCUGCAGUAAAGUCGACGGUUUAGAAGCACAGGUCUCAGACGUCAUGUAGCCGCCUCCAUAUCGCUACCAGUUGAGGAAGGACGGGCAUGGCAUCAAGUAAGUUUGCUGGCCGCCUACGACCGACUGUGCGCGGCGUUGUCAGACGGGCGAUACAGACGUCGACUGGCAAUUUAUUUAUUAUACAUAAACACUACGCAUAGAAGCCCAGACACGCGUGUUUCGCCGAUCUUAUGCCGCUGCAUGACGCAUCUGCGAGGGGUUCGGCUCGUCAGUGGGUCCCCCAGCUUUCCCCCUGUGUUUUCUGAUAUAUGAAAUCCAGUUUCAACUUGCCUUGUUUAAUUUCCGAGGAAAUUAAUGCGCGAACUUGGAGUAAAUCUUUCGAAACGGGCGUUUUCAGGCACGCUCCAAGUUUUGAUAUGAAUAUUUGAGCUGAAAUCCAUCAGCUACUGCGGAAUAACCGCUUAAUAUUCACAAACCGCCAACAGGCAGCCAGUAGUAUAAAACUGUGCAAUGAUUUGCCGUACUAACAACACAUAGAUAUGUAACUUGUCCGGGGCAGGUGGGGAGAAUACGUCAGCAUUUGCUGGUCGUAUUUUCUCCACACUGUUCACGGAAGAUGUGACGGAUUUUUGACAUUCUAUGGGAAAAGACCAGGAAGUAGAGCCUUCUUUGGGUCCCCAAUCUACGAUCUGAUCCUCAGUAAGACUUAUGCUUUGUGAGCAUUAACCUUUUACCUCCCAGACGUCUUCAAUAAAUGGUGUGCAAGUCAUGCAUCCGAUAGACAAAAACUGGAGGCGUCUAUUGACGGCAGUCAAUAGACGCGCCAACUUCCUUUUCGGGGGACGCAUCGACCUCGACGACUGA